GGUGUGUGUGUGCAGUGUGUUAAUGGUGUCUCUGUGUGUGGUGUGUUAAUGGUGUGUGUGUUGUGCAUUGCUGGAGAAUAUGAGCAGCACUAAUUUGAUUAUGGUGGGACUAAUGAUGCUGGGGGCUGAGACAAUAUAGCUUCACUGUAGCCCCCCCACCACACACACACACACACCCCAUACACACUUACAUCAUACAAAUCUAUACACGUCAGACACAUUCACACAUCAUCAUCAUACAUAAAUUCACUUUCACGUGAUUAUAUUUUCUAUGCUUUGUGAACGUACACACACACACGCACAUGCACACACGCUCACAAACACGCACGCACACAUACACACGCACACAUACACGCUCACACACACACAAUGAGAGAACAGGGAACAGUCUCUGUAGUCAUUCAAUAUUGAGCACAUGCAGUACAGUUGGGAUCGACUUUACAUUAGUUUGUUUUCUAGUUUUGUCAUGUCUUUCCCCUCCUCUUCCCAUCCUCCUCCUUCUGUGUGUGUGUGUGUGUGUGUGUGCAUGCGGUUCUAAACACCAUCACAUGUCCCGGUUAUAAACACCAUCACAUGGUCAUACACCAUCACAUGGUCAUACACCAGCCUCUGGUCAUACACCAUCACAUGGUCAUACACCAGCCUCUGGUCAUACACCAGCCUCUAAUCAUACACCAGCCUCUAAUCAUACACCAGCCUCUAAUCAUACACCAGCCUCUGGUCAUACACCAGCCUCUAGUCAUAUACCAGCCUCUAAUCAUACACCAGCCUCUAGUCAUAUACCAGCCUCUAAUCAUACACCAGCCUCUAAUCAUACACCAGCCUCUAAUCAUACACCAGCCUCUGGUCAUACACCAGCCUCUAAUCAUAUACCAGCCUCUAAUCAUACACCAGCCUCUGGUCAUACACCAGCCUCUAAUCAUACACCAGCCUCUAAUCAUACACCAGCCUCUGGUCAUACACCAGCCUCUAGUCAUAUACCAGCCUCUGGUCAUACACCAGCCUCUAAUCAUACACCAGCCUCUGGUCAUACACCAGCCUCUAAUCAUACACCAGCCUCUAAUCAUACACCAGCCUCUGGUCAUAUACCAGCCUCUGGUCAUACACCAGCCUCUAGUCAUAUACCAGCCUCUAAUCAUACACCAGCCUCUAAUCAUACACCAGCCUCUAAUCAUACACCAGCCUCUGGUCAUACACCAGCCUCUAAUCAUACACCAGCCUCUAAUCAUACACCAGCCUCUAAUCAUACACCAGCCCCAGCCUCUUCUCCUGCUCAGUGCUAUUUCUUCUCUCAAGAUGAAAGUAGCCAGGAAGGAAAGAUGGGGGGGUGGGGGGGGAAGAGGGGGGGGAAGGGAGAAUAGAGACAGUGUGAAUGGGGGAAAGGCAGGACAGACCACAGAAGGAGAGGAAGCUCUUAAUGAGGGUUUGUUGCUGGGGGCGCUGGGGCUGAGCAGCAUAGGGGAGGCUGCCUCUGCUGCUUCUAACUGUGGAGCUCUGACAUUGAGAGAGGCUGCCUCUAACAGGUGGGAGUGUCUGUGAUUAAAAACAGCCCUCUGAAACAGCCAGCCAGGUACAAUAGUUCCAACUGUGAUGAUGAACAGAUGUUAUUAUCCAAAGCAGCGUAUAUACCGGGGGAUUAGAACCUUCAACCCAGGUCUGCAGUCAGAUGCUCUUACCACUGAGCUAGCCCUAACCCUGCCUGUCACCUUGUGUCUGACAGGUGGUGUGGAUGACAGCAGGGCCAGCUGCUGGUGUGAACCUCCAGAGAGGGCUGACCCUCACACAGCAUCUCCCCCCAGCAGGACCACAGCUUCUGUCUGUCUGAGCUGGGUCUGUCUGGAGCUGGGUCUGUCGGAGCUGGGUCUGUCUGG